AUGGCGGGUGCGGGGGAUGCUGCCCCGUCCUCCUCGACGUUUAAGUUUCUCAUCACGACAGAUAACCACCUUGGAUACCAGGAGCGGGACCCGCGCCGGGGGAAUGACAGCUUCACCACCUUUGAGGAGUGUCUUCGCGCUGCACGCGUGGAGCACGACGUCGACGCCAUUCUUCUAGGCGGGGACCUCUUUCACGACAAUAAGCCCAGCCUUGGCUGCCUCGCUCGCACCACGUCGCUGCUGCGGACGUACGUGCUUGGGGACAAGCCGAUUGCCUUCUCGCUGCUGAGCGACCCUAAGCGCAACUUCCCAACACACCCCGUUCCACUUGCGAAUUUUCAGGAUCCCAACAUUAACGUUGCCACGCCGAUUUUUACGAUUCAUGGGAAUCACGACGACCCCGUCGGAGGCACCUCUUCCAUUGACAUUUUGGCAGCGAAUGGUCUCGUGAACUACUUUGGGCAGGUCUCAUCCUUAGACGACAUUGUUGUGGAGCCAGUGUUGCUCAAGAAGGGUCACACCUACGUCGCCUUGUACGGGCUUGGAAAUGUUCGCGAUGAGCGGCUGCAUCGCUGCUUUCGCAUGAAAAAACUUCGUUUUGUGCAUCCCAAGCCGGUCGCGGGACGCCGUUGGUUUAAGAUUUUCUUGCUUCAUCAAAACCGCGGCGUUCGUGGUGGGCCAGGUGAGAAAGCUGGCAUUUUUGAAAGUAUGCUGGCUGACUUAGGUCUGGACGUAGUUAUCUGGGGGAACGAGCACGAGCAGCAAAUGGUUCCCACUCCCUCUGAGGGGUUUGACAUUAUUCAGCCUGGGAGCACCAUUCUGACGUCGCUCUCUGGGCAAGAGUGCAACCCGAAACAGUACGGCGUUUUGGAGGUGCGUGAUGGAUCCUAUCGCCUGACACCGUUUCUGCUGCGUAGUGUGCGUCCUGUGGUGCGACGCACGGUGGAACUCUGGCGAGAAAACCCCGCCGGACGCACCUUAGACGCCGUGGAGGAUUUUCUGCGCCGUGUUAUUGAAGAGAUGAUAGAGGAGGCGGAGGUGCAGGUCAGCCGCAUCCCAGAUGACGUGCUCGCGUUUCAUCCAAGCAUCAAGUUUCCACUCAUGCGGCUUUCCGUGGACUUUACCGAUCCAGAGUCCACAAACUUCCCCCAGCCGAACAUCAAUCGCUUUGGGCAACAGUACAUGGAUGUAGUGGUGAACCCUGGCGACUUGCUUCGGCCGAUAAAACCAAAAACUGUUAUUCGUCGACUGCCUCCAGCACCCGGGGGAGAUGGGAUGGCAACGGUGGUGCCAGUGCCACUACUCAACACGUCGGAUAUCCGCACAAAGGUGGCGGAGGUGUUUAACGCGAAUGCGCGGGACGCCUGUUCGCUGCUGUCAGAGCCCGAGGUGUCGGCCGCGGUGUACGCCUUUGCCGAGAAGGGUGAGCGCGAUGCCAUUGACGAACGCAUCAACGAGCUACUGAACAAGUGUCAGAAGUCUGUUUGGAAGGCAAUGGGAAGAGGCGAUGCGGAGGGUAUUUUGGUGCCAGAUAGUAUUUACUCCGAGGUGGUUCGAUACAAACAGGACAUAAACAAACGCUAUGCGGAGGCUACUCGCGCCGGUGAGGCAUUACAGCAAGGAGGGGAACGACAGUUGCAUCAAUCUCAUGAGCACGCAAACGAUGCCCAGACGGGCCGUAUGAGUUCGGGCUUCACGAUAGUUGACGCCUUUGACGGGAGUGGGGUGCCGCUAGGAGCCCCAUCGUCCUCCACUGCUCUCACUCUUAAUACCGCGGCACCCUGUGCACUACGCAGGGUCUUCGAUGCAGACGAUGACGCGCUUCCAGACACUGGACUUGAGCGUGGGACGCUAAGCGCAUUGAUCGCCAAUGCAGUGAAGCAGGACCAGGGGGUGGGGGCUGCUGCUGCCCCUUGCACAGUUGCAGUUGUGGAAAACGGCCGUGCAAAACGCCAACGCGAGGAGGUGGAGGUGGUUGUCGUCGACGACGAUGCGACAGAGGUGCAUACUGUUCAGCCUUUAGCCAAACGGGGAGCCCGACGAAUGGCCGCUGGUACUGCCGCAGCGCCUGCCCCCAAGCCGGCACGCGGUAAACGAGGCAAGCAGGCGGCGGCAUCAUCACUCAUUCCCACACCAACACUGCAAUUGACGCACCAGCCUGUUCCUGGGGAAUUCGCGUCGCAGACACUCGCAGCAAAACCGGAGACGUCGAAGGGCGCCCUCAAUUACCUUUCCAAGUGGGCGAGUUCGAAUUGA